AUGUUCACUUUGAUAAGGUCCCGAGUGUUUAUUAGACUUAAGCAUUUUCCAUCCAUGAGUUUGGACUACACAUCCGAGAGAGGCGCCGAACUAGUCUCGAAUGCCAAUAAGAUUGCCCAGAGGGUCAAGGAGCUGAACGAUAAGGCUCGACUAGUGUGUGUGUCGAAGUUCAAGCCGGCUAGCGAUAUCAAAGCACUGUACGACGCCGGAUACAGACAUUUUGGUGAGAACUACGUCCAAGAGCUUUUAGAGAAAGCCAAGGUGCUGCCAAAGGAUAUUCAAUGGCAUUUCAUUGGCGGAUUGCAAACGAACAAAACCAAGGACCUUGCGAAGAACAUAGAUAACCUGUACGCUGUGGAAACGAUUGAUACCGAGAAAAAAGCGCGCAAGUUGAACGAUGUGCGUGAGCAGUCGGGAAAACCGAUUAUCAACGUCUACAUCCAAGUGAACACCUCUGGCGAGGAGCAGAAGUCUGGAAUAGCUCCAGAAGACUGUUUGCAAUUGGCAAAAAUCAUCGUCAGCGAGUGUCCGAAGCUCAAUCUCGAAGGCUUGAUGACCAUUGGGUCGAUUGUGCAAUCGAUAUCGAGCGACGAAAACCAGGAUUUCAAAACCCUUGUGGAAGUUAGCAAAAAGCUAGAGGCCGAGCUCGGAAGAAAAUUGGAGCUGAGCAUGGGAAUGAGUAACGAUUUCGAAGAGGCUCUCAGACAAGGUUCGAGCUCUGUCAGAGUCGGAUCAAAUAUAUUUGGUAGCAGACCUACAAAAUAA